GUUACAGCAUAGCAUAUCCUCCGCAUCUUGAAUUAUGUGAUCAUUGUGGACUUUUGCUUACCAACAAUAAUGCCACAGUAUUUGUUUGCGAUCAUGGGUACUAUUUGGUUUGUUAUAGUAGAAGAUAUAUUCAUUGUGAAAUAUUUUAUAAAAAAGGUAUUUUUAAAAAUAUUGAAAAAUUUGUAAAAAGAAUCAAAGAAGGUGCUAAUAUACUUACCAAGGAGGAUAUUGAUGAAGAGGAGGAAGAAGAUGCAGAAAGUAUUGAAGAAACUAUUGAGAAUGUAAGAGAAAUUCAAGAUAUUUCUUCUAAGCUAGAAGAAGCAAAUAAUCAAAUAGAAAAUUGGUAA